UGGCUUUUCCUGCUGCUGCAGAUAAUGAUGAUGAUGAUGAUGAUGAGCUUCCUUUAUUUUAUUUGCUUGUGGCCAAGCGGAAAUAAGCAAAGCUUUUGUUUGUGCUUCUGGCUUUAAGCAAAUUGAAUAUGAAUUCGAAUUGCUUGAAAAAUUAAAGUAUCAUAGCCACAAUAACAAGAAAACGAACUUUAAGUCUAACUGCAGCUGUUUGGAAUUUAAUUAAGCGCACAAAAGGGCAGAUUCUUGUUGCCAUAAAUCAGCUGCAACUGCAACUGCAACUGCAGCCCGUUUUCCUUUUAUUCGCGUCGAGUUAAAAUACAAAAAGGAACAUAUAGAGCGACGACCCCGCUGACUAGCAGGAAGCAGGGGCGUAGGCCGCGGGGCAGAAGAGGUGCAGGAAGAGGCUGGUCGAGAACGUGACCAAUUAGUUGCCGCCUUCAACAGCCAGCGGUAAUAAUUUUGGGUGCAUUGAACGUCAGUUGGCUGCCACACUGAUGACUGCCGCCAAGAGACGUGCGGCAAGCGGCAGCAGCAGUAGCAGCAACAGCAGCAACGAGCAACAGCCAUUGCAGCAACAGCAGCAGCAACAGCAACAACAACAACAUCUGCAGCAGCACCAUCAUCAUCAUCAUCAACAUCAUCAUGAUCAGGAUGGUCAUCGGGAGGCACACGAAUAUCAACAUCUGCUGCAGCAUCAACACCAUCAACACCCGCACCACCAUCCACAGCAAUACCAUCAGAGGCAGCAGCAACAUACGUCUCAGCAGCAGCAACAACAACAACAACAACAACAUCAGCAUCAGACAUCUGCAUCAGCAACGGCGACGCUGCGCGAUUGCUCUGUCAAAUUGCCGCUGGACAUCCUCUGGCUGCCAAAAUCAGCAAUGCGACCAGUCGGAGGUGAUGCCUCACACACGGAUUGCAUCUUGGUUGUCGGCGUAUCCCGUCCAAAGCUGGCCGUAGUUUUCCUCACGGUCAUGCUGAUCUCAUUGUUCCUCACAUUUCACGUGCUCUACGACAGCGCCGUCUACAAUAUACAAGCGGCACAGGCGGUGCACGAACGACAUCGUCUCUCCCUGGCCGCAUCUGCGUCUGCGGCGGCUGCAGCGUCUCCGUAUUCCUCGAAUCCGAAUCAUUUGCCCGUGUUUGUGAAACCGGUUGCCAGUUCAAAUCAGCUAAGUCAUCCCAUGGUUUUUCCCUCCAGUCGCGUGCACUUUCCCAAGACAAGUCGACGAUUGCCACAGGCACUGAUAAUUGGCGUUCGCAAGUGCGGAACGAGGGCGUUGCUCGAGAUGUUGUAUCUGCAUCCGCGCAUCCAGAAGGCCGGAGGGGAGGUGCACUUCUUCGACCGGGACGAGAAUUACCUGAAGGGUCUCGAAUGGUAUCGCAAAAAGAUGCCCCACUCAUUUCGCGGCCAAAUUACCAUUGAGAAGAGUCCCAGCUAUUUUGUUUCACCCGAGGUUCCCGAGCGAGUGCGUGCCAUGAAUGCGAGCAUCAAGUUGUUGCUCAUUGUCCGUGAGCCCGUGACCAGAGCUAUAUCGGACUAUACCCAGUUGCGUAGCCAUGCGGCGACUGCGAUAUUGCCGCUGGCUGAGAAUAGUGCUCCUGGUUCGGGUUCGGGUUCCGGUGCAAGCUCCAGCUCCAGCUCUAGCUAUGGUGUGAGGAUGCCGACGCAAUCGACACUUUAUGCCAAGUUGCAGGCGGCACAUGGCUAUGAGAAUGCGCUGGGAAGCGGAACUGGAGCCAAGGAGACGGCAACGGGGGGAAUGGCGGGAACGGGAACGGGAACGAGACAUGCAGCCACAACAACAACCACGCCCACUCCCAGUGCCGCCCAAUUGGCAGCCAAGUCCUUUGAGGAGCUGGCCAUAUUUCCCAAUGGCACUGUGAAUGAGGCAUAUCGUCCACUCAGCAUAUCCAUGUACCAUGUGCAUCUGCAUCGCUGGCUGGAGGUUUUUCCGCGUGAGCAGCUGCUGGUGGUGAACGGUGAUCGUCUUAUCGAGGAUCCACUCUCCCAGCUCAAACGCAUCGAGGCAUUUUUGGGCAUUGAGCAUCGCGUGAAAAGCGAACAUUUCUACUUUAAUGAGACAAAGGGUUUCUAUUGCCUGCGCUAUGAUAAUGGAGAUCGUUGUCUGCGUGAGACGAAAGGAAGGAAACAUCCGCAUGUGGAUCCCGUUGUCGUGUCCAGACUACGCAAGUUCUUUGCCGAAUAUAAUCAGCGGUUUUAUGAGCUCGUCGGCGAGGAUCUGGGCUGGCCCGAAGAGUAGUUUGAGAAACAUGGACUGAUGAUGAUUAAUACGAGAAGUCGCAGCAACUUCAACUGCAACGGCAGCACAUUUUUCCACUUUGUUUGCAGCAACAUUUAAUUACGAACAAAACAAACAUUCAAGUUGAAAACUGCGUGCAGAACAAACAGCAAGAAUAUCAAGCAGACGAAUGGAAAAGGAUGCAGAAGGAUGCAGAAAGACUCACAGUUUCCACUCCUGGCAUGACGCCAUAUUUCUGCCUGUCUGCCAGCAGGCUGACAGUUCAAUUAUGCGAACUUUGGCGCCACCAAAAACACCCCAAAACCCAAACCCAAUCUCCACCAAGAACCACCCUUUAACCCAACCAAGUGCAGCGUAGAAAAAUGAAACUGAGAAA